UUUAUUGGGCACUAUGAUAUGGCGCAAUAGUCCUAACUUGUUCUAAUUUGUGAACAUUUAUCAUGAGGGAUUUCAUUUCGAAUUACUAGCUACACAGUCACCGAGGUUGUGGUUUGAAAGUCUCUUGCAGAAGUUAAGACGGAUGGAGCCAAGAUGAACAUACAGUCCUAGACCCGAAGGAAGACAAUUUCAUUUCAGUUGCCAGAUAAGAUGAUAUUCCAGCACCAGGUUAUUUCCAGGAUCUGACAGGCAGGUAUGUUAAGAUAGGAUUGUGUAUAUUUUUGUAUGCCUUUUUGUCCAAGUUUCCUCUAGGUGGCGUAACAAGGAUCAGAAGGAAAGGUAUGUUAAGAUAAGAUUGUGUAUAUAUUUGUAUGCCUUUUUGUCCAAGUUUCCUCUAGGUGGUGUCCCAAGAAUCAAGAAGGACAGGUAUGUUAAGAUAAGAUUGUGUAUAUAUUUUUAUGCCUUUUUGUCCAAGUUUCCUCUAGGUGGCAUACCAAGGAUCAAGAAGGAAAGGUAUGUUAAGAUAAGAUUGUGUAUAUGUUUGUAUGCCUUUUUGUCCAAGUUUCCUCUAGGUGGCGUCCCAAGGAUCAAGAAGGAAAGGUAUGUUAAGAUAAGAUUGUGAAUAUGUUUGUAUGCCUUUUUGUCCAAGUUUCCUCUAGGUGGUGUCCCAAGGAUCAAGAAGGAAAGGUAUGUUAAGAUAAGAUUGUGUAUAUGUUUGUAUGCCUUUUUGUCCAAGUUUCCUCUAGGUGGCGUCUCAAGGAUCAAGAAGGAAAGGUAUGUUAAGAUAAGAUUGUGUAUAUGUUUGUAUGCCUUUUUGUCCAAGUUUCCUCUAGGUGGCGUCCCAAGGAUCAAGAAGGAAAGGUAUGUUAAGAUAAGAUUGUGUAUAUGUUUGUUUGCCUUUUUGUCCAAGUUUCCUCUAGGUGGCUUCCCAAGGAUCAAGAAGGAAAGGUAUGUUAAGAUAAGAUUGUGUAUAUGUUUGUAUGCCUUUUUGUCCAAGUUUCCUCUAGGUGGUGUCCCAAGGAUCAAGAAGGAAAGGUAUGUUAAGAUAAGAUUGUGUAUAUGUUUGUAUGCCUUUUUGUCCAAGUUUCCUCUAGGUGGCGUCCCAAGGAUCAAGAAGGAAAGGUAUGUUAAGAUAAGAUUGUGUAUAUGUUUGUAUGCCUUUUUGUCCAAGUUUCCUCUAGGUGGCGUCCCAAGGAUCAAGAAGGAAAGGUAUGUUAAGAUAAGAUUGUGUAUAUGUUUGUAUGCCUUUUGUCCAAGUUUCCUCUAGGUGGCGUCCCAAGGAUCAAGAAGGAAAGGUAUGUUAAGAUAAGAUUGUGUAUAUGUUUGUAUGCCUUUUUGUCCAAGUUUCCUCUAGGUGGUGUCCCAAGGAUCAAGAAGGAAAGGUAUGUUAAGAUAAGAUUGUGUAUAUGUUUGUAUGCCUUUUUGUCCAAGUUUCCUCUAGGUGGCGUCCCAAGGAUCAAGAAGGAAAGGUAUGUUAAGAUAAGAUUGUGUAUAUGUUUGUAUGCCUUUUUGUCCAAGUUUCCUCUAGGUGGCGUCCCAAGGAUCAAGAAGGAAAGGUAUGUUAAGAUAAGAUUGUGUAUAUGUUUGUAUGCCUUUUGUCCAAGUUUCCUCUAGGUGGCGUCCCAAGGAUCAAGAAGGAAAGGUAUGUUAAGAUAAGAUUGUGUAUAUGUUUGUAUGCCUUUUUGUCCAAGUUUUCUCUAGGUGGCGUCCCAAGGAUCAAGAAGGAAAGGUAUGUUAAGAUAAGAUUGUGUAUAUGUUUGUAUGCCUUUUUGUCCAAGUUUCCUCUAGGUGGCGUCCCAAGGAUCAAGAAGGAAAGGUAUGUUAUGAUAAGAUUGUGUAUAUGUUUGUAUGCCUUUUUGUCCAAGUUUCCUCUAGGUGUCGUCCCAAGGAUCAAGGAGGAAAGGUAUGUUAAGAUAAGAUUGUGUAUAUGUUUGUAUGCCUUUUUGUCCAAGUUUCCUCUAGGUGGCGUCCCAAGGAUCAAGAAGGAAAGGUAUGUUAAGAUAAGAUUGUGUAUAUGUUUGUAUGCCUUUUUGUCCAAGUUUCCUCUAGGUGGCUUCCCAAGGAUCAAGAAGGAAAGGUAUGUUAAGAUAAGAUUGUGUAUAUGUUUGUAUGCCUUUUUGUCCAAGUUUCCUCUAGGUGGCUUCCCAAGGAUCAAGAAGGAAAGGUAUGUUAAGAUAAGAUUGUGUAUAUGUUUGUAUGCCUUCUUGUCCAAGUUUCUUCUAGGUGUCGUCCCAAGGAUCAAGUAGGAAAGGUAUGUUAAGAUAAGAUUUUGUAUAUGUUUGUAUGCCUUUUUGUCCAAGUUUCCUCUAGGUGGCGUCCCAAGGAUCAAGAAGAAAAGGUAUGUUAAGAUAAGAUUGUGUUUAUGUUUGUAUGCCUUUUUGUCCAAGUUUCCUCUAGGUGGCGUCCCAAGGAUCAAGAAGGAAAGGUAUGUUAAGAUAAGAUUGUGUAUAUGUUUGUAUGCCUUUUUGUCCAAGUUUCCUCUAGGUGGCGUCCCAAGGAUCAAGAAGGAAAGGUAUGUUAAGAUAAGAUUGUGUAUAUGUUUGUAUGCCUUUUUGUCCAAGUUUCCUCUAGGUGGCGUCCCAAUGAUCAAGAAGGAAAGGUAUGUUAAGAUAAGAUUGUGUAUAUGUUUGUAUGCCUUUUUGUCCAAGUUUCCUCUAGGUGGUGUCCCUAGGAUCGAAAAGGAAAGGUAUGUUAAGAUAAGAUUGUGUAUAUGUUUGUAUGCCUUUUUGUCCAAGUUUCCUCUAGGUGGCAUCUCAAGGAUCAAGAAGGAAAGGUAUGUUAAGAUAAGAUUGUGUAUAUGUUUGUAUGCCUUUUUGACCAAGUUUUCUUUAGGUGGUGUCCCAAGGAUCAAGAAGGAAAGGUAUGUUAAGAUAAGAUUGUGUAUAUGUUUGUAUGCCUUUUUGUCCAAGUUUCCUCUAGGUGGCGUCUCAAGGAUCAAGAAGGAAAGGUAUGUUAAGAUAAGAUUGUGUAUAUGUUUGUAUGCCUUUUUGUCCAAGUUUUCUCUAGGUGGUGUCCCAAGGAUCAAGAAGGAAAGGUAUAUUAAGAUAAGAUUGUGUAUAUAUUUGUAUGCCUUUUUGUCCAAGUUUCCUCUAGGUGGCGUCCCGAGGAUCAAGAAGGAAAGGUAUGUUAAGAUAAGAUUGUGUAUAUGUUUGUAUGCCUUUUUGUCCAAGUUUCCUCUAGGUGGCGUCCCAAGGAUCAAGAAGGAAAGGUAUGUUAAGAUAAGAUUGUGUAUAUGUUUGUAUGCCUUUUUGUCCAAGUUUCCUCUAGGUUGCGUCCCAAGGAUCAAGAAGGAAAGGUAUGUUAAGAUAAGAUUGUGUAUAUGUUUGUAUGCCUUUUUGUCCAAGUUUUCUCUAGGUGGCGUCCCAAGGAUCAAGAAGGAAAGGUAUGUUAAGAUAAGAUUGUGUAUAUGUUUGUAUGCCUUUUUGUCCAAGUUUCCUCUAGGUGGCGUCCCAAGGAUCAAGAAGGAAAGGUAUGUUAAGAUAAGAUUGUGUAUAUGUUUGUAUGCCUUUUUGUCCAAGUUUCCUCUAGGUGGUGUCCCAAGGAUCAAGAAGGAAAGGUAUGUUAAGAUAAGAUUGUGUAUAUGUUUGUAUGCCUUUUUGUCCAAGUUUCCUCUAGGUGGCAUCCCAAGGAUCAAGAAGGACAGGUAUGUUAAGAUAAGAUUGUGUAUAUGUUUGUAUGCCUUUUUGUCCAAGUUUCCUCUAGGUGGCAUCCCAAGGAUCAAGAAGGACAGGUAUGUUAAGAUAAGAUUGUCUGCAUGUUUGUCUUUUAUUAAGAUGAUUUAAGUUUACAUUACAGAUGGAGGAGCCCAGAUGAAAGUUCAGUACUAGACCUGAAGGAAAAUUGUUUCAUUUUAGUUGGCAGAUAAUGAUGAUGCAAAAAGAGCAGAGACACAGAAAAUUGCGCCAUUGAUAAAGAUCUGGAAAGAAGCUUAAAGGAAGGAACAAGUGUCAGUCAAGAUGGCAGAUGAGUAGCAACUCCAUGGAAGAUGAUAUAGAUCUUCAACCAAGUCCAAGGCUUUGCCAUGUAAGCAGCAAGCAGCAAGGAUAGCAGCUGGAUUGAAGAUUAAUUAUUACAUUGAUCUUCAACUAAGUCUGAGGCUUUGUCAUGAAAGAA